AGUCGCUUCAGGUCUCUGCCACAUCGAAGCCUCCUCCCUCCGUCUUCCACCUCAGCUUGAUCGCGGAAGCUGCGCCUUCAACCAGCCAGUAGUAAAGAGUAAAGACCUCAGCUUUCCGCAGGAUCUGCACCUCUUCGAGCUUGCUGCCAUUCCAGAGACGUUGGUUUCUCUCUCACACACAGCCCCCAACAGCCAAGCAUCGGUCUAUUUCUUUUGUCUCUUUCACAUAUUGCUCCGACACUUGCUUAACCUAACUUCCAGAAAGAAUUCCGGCCAAAUAUCGCCUCUUUUCCACCAUGCGUCCUACAGUUCCCGGAUGGUUGUGGUUCAAACUUGAUCGCAGCAGGAAUUUCAAUACGGGCAAUAUUGCCACCAUAUCAAGGUUCUGUUCUGCUCACUGUCAUGCCCAAACUUUCAACACUGAUAAUCAGAUAGAGAAAUCUGUGCUACAGACAUACUCAGCUUCUUCAUGUGAUACACUCCCAGAAAGUGUACCAAAGGACAGUCCUUCCAACAUGUUGGUUGAUACCUUUGGAAGGUUACACACUUAUUUGAGGAUAUCCUUAACAGAGCGCUGCAACUUAAGGUGCCAAUACUGUAUGCCAUCUGAUGGUGUGGAUCUUACCCCUAACCCUCAACUUUUAACCCGCUGUGAAAUUGUUCGCCUGGCGAAUUUGUUUGUCACAUCUGGAGUGAGUAAGAUCCGUUUAACCGGGGGAGAACCCACAAUUCGGAAGGAUCUCGAGGAUAUCUGCCUUGACCUGUCAAACUUGGAAGGACUCAGGACUCUUGCUAUUACCACGAAUGGAAUUACAUUAGCAAGAAAGCUUGUUCGGUUGAAAGAGUGUGGGCUUAAUUUGGUUAACAUUAGUCUGGAUACUUUGGUCCCUGCAAAAUUUGAAUUCAUGACUAGACGCAAAGGACAUGAAAGGGUUAUGGAAUCUAUUCAAGCUGCAAUUGAUCUUGGUUAUAAUCCGGUAAAAGUAAAUUGUGUUGUUAUGCGUGGAUUUAACGAUGAUGAAAUUUGUGAUUUCGUGGAGAUGACACGUCAGAAACCAAUUAAUGUCCGGUUUAUUGAGUUUAUGCCUUUUGAUGGAAAUGUUUGGAAUGUUAAGAAGCUUGUUCCCUACAAAGAUAUGUUUGACAUAGUGGUAAGGCUAAAAAAUUUACUGGGCUUCAAAGAAUUUUGGACCACCCUACAGAGACUGCUAAGAAUUUCAGGAUAGAUGGGCAUGAAGGCACUGUUUCCUUCAUUUCUUCAAUGACGGAGCACUUCUGUGCUGGCUGCAACAGGUUGAGGCUUUUGGCAGAUGGAAAUUUUAAAGUAUGCCUUUUUGGUCCCUCUGAGGUUAGCUUAAGGGAUCCUCUUCGCGGUGGCGCUGAUGAUGAAGAACUCAGCGCAAUAAUUGGGUCUGCAGUCAAAAGAAAGAAGGCCUCCCAUGCUGGAAUGUUUGACAUAGCAAAAACACCAAAUAGACCAAUGAUACACAUAGGAGGCUGAGCCUUAUUUUUCUUUUUCCUUUCAUGUAUGGAGAAGUUUAUGAUGCUAGUUUGGAUUACCACGAUGUAAAAUUUCAUGAGCGGUAUUAAGUGUUACUUUUACAGCUAUAUAUCGUAUUCAGAUUAUGUUGCAGCUAUACUAUCGUCUAGUGGUCAAAGUGACAGUACAAUAUUUUUACAUACAAGUAUACAGCAAUUUAAUCUCAUAAAACCAUUCCAAAAAUAAAAACAAAUUUACUAUGAUGCUAUAGUUGGGUAACUACAAAUUAAAUAAAAAAAUAUGCAUGCAAGUAUGCAACAAUAUUAACUUCUUGCAAGGCUGGUUUGAACUGCUUUGGUUUGAACUGAUAAUAUAAUUGCAAUACUACUUGAUUACAAUUGAACAGACCGGUAUUGCCAUCCCGGGAAUGGUCCUGGCCCUAUUCCCAAAACCCUGGACCAGCUGUCUUGAAAUCGGGACCAGAUUGAUCCGGCCCUAAGUGGAAGUAGAAGAAGGGCUGGCUUCGGUCGGAGAGUCGCCGAGGACCGCCAUCAUUCGGCGGAUGCUGAGGGAGCGCACGGUUUUGAAGCUGUAGGAUCUUGGCAUUUUUGAGAAGACGUUGGAAGAUUUGGAGAUGAUCAAGUAAACCAAAGCUUGGACCACAAUAAACAAUCCCACCUUCAUCAGCAUACUGUUCUCCAUUAUGGAUCAAGAAAGUUUUGAGAUUGAGAAGCAAAAAGCAAUUAAGCUAGAGAUGAAAUGAUCAAUCAGAAGAACUAAUUUAACAAUGCGAGAAGAUUGCUUUGAAUAGAAUCG